CAUUCAUCCAGGUAGCUCCUGCUCCAGAUCAAUAUACACCCUAGCUAACUAGCUCAGCUGUGCCUGGUCAUCGUCAACCUCUAGCUCCACCAUACGAGAUGGCCGGGAGGGAUAGGGACCCGUUGGUGGUUGGUAGGGUUGUGGGGGAUGUGCUGGACCCCUUCAUCCGCACCACUAACCUCAGGGUGACAUUCGGGAACCGGGCUGUGUCCAACGGCUGCGAGCUCAAGCCCUCCAUGGUCACCCACCAGCCCAGGGUCGAGGUCGGCGGCAAUGAGAUGAGGACCUUCUACACACUCGUGAUGGUAGACCCCGACGCGCCAAGUCCAAGCGAUCCCAACCUCAGAGAAUACCUCCAUUGGUUGGUGACAGAUAUUCCUGGGACAACUGGUGCUUCCUUCGGGCAGGAGGUGAUGUGCUACGAGAGCCCUCGCCCCAACAUGGGGAUCCACCGCUUCGUGCUCGUGCUCUUCCAGCAGCUGGGCCGGCAGACGGUGUACGCGCCCGGGUGGCGCCAGAACUUCAAUACCAGGGACUUCGCCGAGCUCUACAACCUCGGCCCGCCCGUCGCCGCCGUCUACUUCAACUGUCAGCGCGAGGCCGGCUCCGGCGGCAGGAGGAUGUAUAAUUGACACCACCACAACAAGCCUCAGACCUACACAAGAUCGAUGAUCCAUUCACGGCGUGCCUAGCUAAGCUUAACUAAUAAUUACUAUACUACAUAUGGUGUGUCAUAAGAAGCUAGCUAGCCACGCAAUUGAUCAAGCAUUAUUUACACGCAUAAAGAUAUAUUGUGUACAACCUAUAUCAUAACAAUUAUUAGCUACAUAUACAUAUAUAUACAUGGCAACGGCUAAGGGCGAUGGAUGAACCCUAGCUUAAUCGCUUUGUACUGCUCUAUGCAUACGAUUAUAUUGCAAUAAACUGCUAGCAACUACACACAUGAUAUUAGAGGAGCUAGCUACACACACACCAUGCAUGCUAAACAUUUAGCUGCAGGUCUGUGUCCGUGUGUACACUCUUGCAUCCAUGGACCCAUACAUAUUACAUAUGUCAGGUAUAUAUGGUUCACAGACAACAAAAAACUCUAGUAGUCACCUCUGCAUGCAUGACAUCCAUCAAUCAUACUAGUGUGCAUGGGAGACACACAUGUAAAUGACGGCAACUGCUACAAUUAUGUUACAUAGCGCGGUAGCAAAGCACAUGCAUGUGUUGGGUCGAUGUGGUAACUAUGUCUGUAGUCAUGAUUGUGACAAAGAUAUAAUAAUAUCAAGUUAUGUAUCAAAUC